AUGGCGAUUGCUAGGUCCUUGCCUGUCACGGUGAGGACGCUUGCAGACAUUGUUUCGGAUCGUCCAUUACCUAUGCCAGAGGUAAUCGUUCCUAUGCGAGAGGCAAAGUUGAUUGAGGGGGAGUUGUGUUUCGUUUUCAAUAAAGAGGAGAUCAAUCGAACGGCGACUCCGUUUCGGUUUUCUGUAGUUUUAUCAUUCCAGCGGCAUCGUCUGUCUCUGGACGUCAUUCGGGGGUAUAUUAAAAACCGUUGGGGAUUAAUCUCUAUGCCGGUUGUUGGUGCUAUGAGGAGGGCUUGUAACGUGUUGGUGCGGCUGACUAAUGAAGCAGAUUUUGUUACGGCCAUGUCCAGGGAAAUCAUGGAUAUUGCUUCUGUUCCAUAUAAAAUUUUUCACUGGACUCCUACCUUCAAUGAAUAUGAGGAAUCGGUAUUGGCUCCGGUGUGGAUUUUCUUACCAGGGCUACAGCCACAUUUUUUCCAUGAGUCAACGUUAAAGAUUUUUGCAGGGUCUUAUGGGAGAUAUCUAAGAACAGAUAAUGCAACAGCUUGUGUUUCAAGGCCAGAGGGUGCAAGAAUGUGUGGGGAGAUGGACGUAUCGAAAGAUCACAGGAGUUAUUUCUGGAUUGGUCCUCCUAAUAAAACGAGAAGUCAUUUUCAGGAAGUGGUAUUUGAAACUUUACCAGCAUAUUGUUCAACAUGCCGUAUUCAAGGCCAUUCGAAAACUACAUGUAGAAGGGAAAAGUUGAAUGCAGGAAAGCAGAAGAAAAGAGUUUCUCAGUCUAAAGCGGAUUUGAAGAGAUUUGAGAGGAGUAAAUAG